UUUAAUAUGAGUCAUCUUCCAGAGAAUACCUUCAGGCUGGUAAAGGAGAAAGAGGGGCCUUCUUACCUUUACAAAGAGGUGCCUGUACCUGCUCCAGUUGGGGAUGAGCUGCUAGUGAAGGUGGGGAAGGUUGCUCUCUGUGGAACAGACAUCAGUCUCUAUCAGUGGAACAGUGUUGCUAAGGAGAUUGCAGAAGUGCCUUUUACUCCUGGUCAUGAGAUGGUUGGACAGAUAGUGUGUGUGGGUCCAGAGGUUCCUCCUGAGUACACUAUUGGCAGGCGCGUGUGUGUGGAGAACCACUUCUACUGUGGACACUGCUACCAGUGCACUCAUGACCUUCGUCACAUUUGUCAGAAUCUCAACCAGUUUGGUUAUGGUAAAGGAACGAAACAUGGCGGACUGUCAGAGUACACUAUUGUGCCUGCGAGAUAUGCCUACUUGCUCAAAACACAACUGGAGGACUCAAAAGCAGCAAUACUGGAGCCCUGUGGAGUGGCCCAUCAAGCGUUAGAAGCUAUUGAGCCACGUGGAGAAAGCAUCCUGGUUCAAGGAUGUGGGCCAGUUGGACUGCUAGCUAUUGGCAUUGCAAAAGUGAUGGGAGCAACUAAAAUAUUGGCCACGGACAUCAACGAGAGUCGCCUGGUGGUUGCUGGUCUGAUGGGAGCUGACGUGCUAAUUAAUGGAGGGAGGGAGAGUCUAAGGGACAGAGUGCUGGAGGAGACAGACGGGAAUGGAGUUGGUAGACUCUUUGAAGCCACCGGGGCUGAGGCCCUGCUCAACAAUUGCUUCUCUCUGGUCAGGAAAGGUGGACAGAUCGCUCUAGUAGGAAUUCCUAAGAAGCCACUUCACAUAGAGCAUCCCCUGCCAGACAUGGUGUUCAGGUCUCUCACCGUGAAGACGUUUCACGGCCGCAGGAUAUUCAGAGACUGGGAGGAGUCGGAGAGACUGCUGGCUAACAAUUUAGUGAAUGUCGAUUCAAUUAUCACACACGACUUUCCUUUGAGCAAGUUUGAAGAAGCAUACCGAGUGCUGAUCAGUGGUGAGGGAGUCAAGGUCCUUGUGUCACCUGGACAAUAGUUAUACACUACACUGUGUAGAGCAUCUAUAUAUUUUUCAUGAUGGUAUUAAAGGAGAUAAAUUAUUGUAUAUUAUUAUAUGACCAACUUGAAUAUA